CUUCCCAAUUCUGUUGGUAACCUUUCUCUCACUCUUCAAGGACUUUACCUAUCUUAUUGCCAUAUUAAGGGAAGCAUUCCGGCAGAGCUUGGGAAUCUAAGUAGUUUGAUUACUUUGGAACUAUCCAACAACGAAUUGAAAGGACCUAUUCCAACUACAUUAGGAAGAUUGCGAAUGUUACAAGCUUUGUCCCUUGGAGAUAAUAAACUAGAGGGUCAUAUCCCGUCUGAUCUUUCUCAUCUAAAGAGCUUGUAUGUCUUGUCUCUAGAUAGCAAUAAGCUUUAUGGACAUAUUCCAACAUGCAUAAGCAAUCUAACUUCCCUAAGAUCUCUCUACUUAGGUUCCAACCAAUUAACUUCCACAAUUCCUUUGAGCUUUUGGAGCCUUACAAAUCUCUUGGAGGUUGACUUGUCAUCCAAUUUGUUAACUGGCAUACUUUCAUUAGAGAUUGGAGAUAUGAAAGUCCUAAGGAAAUUGAAUCUAUAUCUAACUAGUCUCUCUUUAGCAGUCAACCAACUAGAAGGUUCAAUUCCAGAGUCUUUUGGUGCACUCUUAAGCUUGGAGAUCUUAGAUAUUUCCUGCAAUAAUUUAUCUGGAAGAAUUCCCAAGUCCUUUGAAGCACUUUUGUACUUGAAGUAUCUAAAUGUCUCUUUCAAUAAUCUACGAGGGAAAAUUCCUACAGGAGGGCCAUUUGUACACUUCUGGUCUGCUUUGUUUAUCUCAAAUGAUGCGCUUUGUGGUGCUCCUCGGUUACAAGUUCCUCCAUGCAACGAAGGUUCUCCUCGUAGAAAAAAGGCCAUAGUAUCGAAUCUACUAAAGUAUUUAUUACCAACAAUUGGGUUAGUGAUGCUUGUAGUGGUUUCUUCAUUAGCCUAUAAAAUAUGUAAAAAAGAGAAUUCUAAGUUUUCACAACAAACAGAUUCAUACAAUUUACCUACAUGGAGAAGAAUUUCUCACCAAGAACUUGUACUAGCAACAGAAAGAUUCAGUUUAAACAACUUACUUGGUGAAGGGAGUCUUGGAUCAGUAUACAAGGGAACACUUACAGAUGGGAUGAAUAUUGCUGUAAAAGUUAUAAACUUGCAAGUAGAAGGGGCACUUAAGUGUUUUGAUGUAGAGUGCGAGGUAUUACGGAAUGCUCGUCAUCGCAAUUUGGUCAAAAUAAUUAGUGUUUGUAGCAACAUCGACUUCAAGGCCCUUGUAUUGGAAUACAUGCCAAAUGAGAACUUAGAGAAGUGGUUAUACUCUCAUGAUCGUUGUUUGAAUUUCUUACAAAGGUUGAAGAUAAUGAUUGAUGUCGCAUCAGCAUUGGAAUACCUUCAUUAUGGUUACUCAGCAGUUAUUGUUCAUUCUGAUUUGAAGCCAAGCAAUGUCUUAUUAGACGUGGAUAUGGUUGCACAUGUUGCUGAUUUUGGCAUCGCCAAACUCUUAGGUGAUGAGGAUUCUAUGAUGCAGACCAUGACUCUUGCUACUUUCGGGUAUAUGGCACCAGAGUAUGGAUUAGGAGGAGUUGUUUCUACAAGAGGAGAUGUGUAUAGUUAUGGCAUUCUACUCAUUGAGACUUUUACAAGAAAAAAACCUACAGAUGACAUGUUUGCAGGAGAAAUGAGCUUGAAACAUUGGGUAAAUCAAGCAUUGCCCAUUUCAACGAUUGAUAUUGUUGAUGCCAGAUUGUUGGGAAACGAAAGAUAUUCUAUUGCCUUGGUGGAGUGCAUAUCUUCAAUUAGGAGAUUGGCUUUAGAUUGUUGUGCAGAGUUGCCUGAACAAAGAACUAACAUGAAAGUUGUUUUAGCCACGCUGAAGAAGAUCAAAACAAAGUCUUUAAGAGAUAUUGUUGAAGGGCACUGACAUCAGCCUUGUGUUUGUUUAAAUGUUUUCAUUAUGUCUUUUUUAAUGAUAAAAUAUUAUUGAGAUUGCGAAGAAGAGACAACUUGUACUGUUGAAGUUACUGUUUAUGGUAUAUAAUAAUUAUAUGGUCA